AUGGAGUCAAGCGGCGUCCUGGGGCCGCCUGCGGCAGGCGCAGGAGAAGCGCAUGCCUCAGAUGUCUCGCUUCUUGCACGGCUGGAAGCAGAAACCUCGCUGACCCCUGAAGACCUCGAAGAGCUACGCAGAGGCUGGCGCCGCUUUCAGGCCAACGGCGAGGCCUCUCAAGAGGCGGAAAGUCUACGGAAGCGUGGACGGCAGGGAGUUGCCGAGGCUUCGAUGGACGGAGAAGAGCCGUGCGAUGGGCGCGACUCAGACUCCACUUCAAAGAGAACUCUGAAAGCCAUGCCUGGCGGGUUCUUCCGCGCUGCGGCCGACUACGAAGACCGAGGCUCUGAACGCUUUGUUGUUCGCCCCAGAAAAUAUCAACAACAAUACAGUGCUGUCUACUACUCCCGACUCGCCGCUCUCUCCGACACACUCUUCAAGCAAGCAGAGUCCCGAUGGCCGGGCGUGUGCAUUCACCCGUGCAUUCGCGACGUCCAAACAGGGCAACAGUGCGUUAUCGUCGGGACGUUGUUCAAGGACAUGGUUCUCAAGCCUUCUGCUCUGAAGGAGUAUCUCGACGACAUUCAGGUUCAGGUUACGCCGAACAGCUUUCUGUCUGACUCAGAUUCGCUGUUUCUCGAGGAUCAGACUGCCCGCGUGCGUCUCGUCGUCGACGCCGCUCCCCCUGCUUCGUCUGACGCGGACGAAGAGACGGCCGAGGAGACACACGCAGAGGGUGACGCUCGAGAAGAGACGGAAGGCCAUCAGCUUCGCGUCAAUGGAGUGGUCACAGGACUGAUCGUCGCCGUCCGGGGCGUUGCGACCGACAACGGCCGAUUUCUCGUUCAGGACUUCUGUCUGGGAGGCGCCCCGCCAGUCCCUCCUCUGCCUCGUCGCGUCCCCCCGGCGGAGACACCGGCUCGCCUCGCGCUUCCAGACGGCGCUCUUGGAGAUGUUGACCUCGAUUCGAAAUUCGUUGCCUUCGUCUCGGACUUGCGGAUUGGCGACGAAACAGGCGAUCCCGCGCCGCUGCAGCUUCUUCGCGAUUUCCUUCUCGGCGCUUUUGGAGGCCCCUUCAAGUGCCGCUUGGCCUCCAGAGUGGUUCGCCUCAUCAUUGCAGGGAACGCGCUGUCUGCCGUGCGAAAACCCCCCGCGACGGUCCCGCCGGCUCUGUCGUCUUCGCCCCUCAAGCAGGCCUCGGCGACGCACGCGUCUGUGAAGGCGACCUUGCAGGAAGCUGACGUCUUCCUCUCGCAGCUGGCAUCCUCCAUUCCCAUCGAUCUCAUGCCAGGAAGUGGAGACCCGACAACCUACUCGCUGCCGCAACAGCCGCUGCACGCAGCUCUCCUCCCCAUCAGCCGCACCUACGGCAGCAUUCGCGGCGUCUCCAAUCCGCAUGCUUUUUCUCUCGACAAGGUCGUCGUCGCGUGGUGCGCCUUUUUCCUGCCUUUCCAGAUUCGUUUCAUAGGCUCCUCUGGCCAGCCCGUUUCCAACGUGUGCGCCUUCUCCGAUUUGAGCCCUCUCGAGGCUCUGAGACUCUGCGCCGAAGGCCGGUGCCUCGCCCCUACAGCGCCGGAUUCGCUGUCCCUGUACCCGUUUGUUAGGGAAGACCCAUGCUGCAUUGCCCCUCCUGAUUACCACCACGUCUACUUCUCAGCGAACCACGAGGCUCUGAGCUUCGAGCGCUUGCAGAAAAUCACGCGAAACGUCCAGACGACCUCGGCGGACGGGGCAGAGAAAGCGAUGGACGUCGACGAGGCCGAAGACAGCGAAGGACCGCUCCUGCUCUGCAUUCCAAGUUUCGCGAAAACCUCGACUCUCGUUCUCGUCGACCUCCAAUCCCUCGCUGUACACCCCGUACACUUGCUUCUCGCUUCCGAGGGAAACUAA